UUUAACGGGAUCUCUGCAGCACUAUGGUUCUGACAGAUGACGGAUGGGAGAAUAAGGGUUUGCAGGAUGUUUUUCUCCAACUUAUAAAACUCAGUUACAGUCCACAUCUUUGCUUUUACGACUCUGCAUAUGUCUAUAGGCUGUUUCAGAAGGGAGAAGCGCUUUUUAUUCAUUUCACCUCUGGCAGAGCGCAGAGAGGACUCAGAGGAUGAAAGACUCGGACCAAACGGGACUGCUGCUUCUUUUUUUUUAUUCAAUUAAUUCUGAACGCGCUGCGCUUUAUUACGAUGUCGGCCUGGCAAAAGGCUAAAGAGCUUUAGGAUGAAAGUUUUGAAGCGUCUCUGUCUUCUGCUGAGCUGCUGGACUCUCAUUCACCUGCAUCCCGUCCUCGGUUCCCUCAGCCGGACCAGACCGACCGAGCACCACCAACACCGGCUUGGAGAGGCAGCGGAUCGCGCGGCAGGCGGCGGCGGAGGAGAGCAAGCCCACGGGAGAACCGGCAGAGGAAUCGGUGCGUCUUCACCAAGCGCGGGCAGGCAACCGGUGACGUGGAAACCCUCACCGGUGAGUCCGGCGAGGAUUACGCGGAUCCGCGCGGGCCCGCCGUUAAUAAAAGGCGAAGCGACUGUUAUUAAAAGCAAACUUGCGGCAUCUGCGUCCUCGCCACAGCGCAGCGGGGCCGCGCCGGUGAACCGCGCACAGCCGCAGCAGCAACAACGCGACAGAGCGGGCAGCUUAGGGCGCAAAGAGGCCGUGCGCUCCUGGCCACCCGGCGGGAAUGCUCACACUAAAGCUCCCGCGGCUCAAAGCGCGCAUGCAGCAGGGAAAGGACUCGGGACUGCUGGAGGCGGCUCACCGGGGAAAAAAAUAGCCAAAGUUGCCUCCAAGGCAACAGCUCCAGUACGCACCGGGCCCGCGCAAAGUGCCGCCGGCGCUCAAAAGCAGCAGAGCUCGACUCCGCAGGCGCAGCGGGGAGCCAGCGGCAAGGCGCAGAAACUGAGCGACCGGGAGGCGCAUCACAAGCAGCCGCUGGUCACUCCUCACGACUACAUGCUGUCGCUGUACUGGUCUCUUUACGGGGACCUGAACAGCAGCGCGCUGCACGAGGCGGGGCUGGCCAACAUCAUCACCAGCUUCGUGGAUAAAGGACAAGAUGAGCGAGGGCCCCAGCUGAGGCGGCAGAGGUAUCACUUCAACGUCAGCUCUCUGGAACGAGACGGGCUCCUGGGGGCAGAGCUGCGCAUCCUGAGGAAGCGCCUGUCUGACCCCCGCAGGGCCUCGACGGGAUCCACAGCCGCUGACGGAGGGGGUGGAGGAGUCUCGUCCCCGUGCCUGAAGCUGUACACCUGCGCUUCAGGGAAACAACAGGCCGUCCUGCUCCAGACGAAGACCGUGGAGGAUCCGCUCGGUGGAUUUGGCAGCAAAUGGGAAGUGUUUGACGUAUGGAGAGUCUUCAGGGGCUCCAAAACCCAGCAGAACCAGCACUCCCAGCAGCUGUGCUUUGAACUGGAGGCCCUGGAGCACAGAGGCGGUCGCCCCAUGGAUCUGCGCGCUCUGGGGUUCGCCCGACCCGGCAGGACCAACAAGGAAAAGGCGUUCUUGCUUGCGUUUGGCAAAAGCAAAAAGCGCGACCUUUUCUAUAACGAGAUCAAAGCGCGUUCAGGCCAUGACAACAAAACCGUCUAUGAGUACUUGUUCACCCAGCGGCGAAUGCGCCGAGCUCCAGCUGCAAGGGGGGCUAAAAAACCGCUGCAGCAGCAGCAGCAGCAGCAGCAGCCGCCGCUGCAGCCGCAGACCCUCCCCCAACAUCAGGUGGUGAAGACACAGACGAGGCCGCGGUGUCACCGGAGACGACUCCAUGUGAACUUCAAGGAGAUGGGCUGGGACGACUGGAUCAUCGCGCCGCUUGAGUACGAGGCGUUCCACUGCGACGGCGUCUGCGACUUCCCUAUCCGCUCGCACCUUGAGCCGACAAACCACGCUAUCAUACAGACUCUGAUGAACUCCAUGGACCCGGAAUCGACGCCUCCUACCUGCUGCGUCCCGACGCGCCUCAGCCCAAUCAGCAUUCUCUACAUCGACUCGGCCAAUAACGUCGUCUACAAGCAGUACGAGGACAUGGUGGUGGAGUCGUGCGGCUGCAGGUAGCAAAGAAAGACGGGACAAAGAUGGACAAAGAAAGACACUUUUUCUGUCCUUCCCUCUGAGAGACAGAUGUGUCUGAUCAAACCAAAAAUGGGAAGAUCAACAGAGAGCAGCACAGCUCUUGGGCUGACUGUGACCGAACUCACUGCUUUGCAACGAACAUUAAUCUUCACACUCAAGUGGACUCUCAGACUGCAUACCAGAGACGGUUAGACACUGUUAAAGACUAAACAGAGACGGACAAACUCACGGAGGUGAUGCUCUUAAACACCCACUCACUGAAACUUGUGUUGAUGUUGGUGGCGAUGAGCAAGACGCAUCUGAGAGACAAACAACCAGAGACACGUUUGGAUUAAAGCUCAUAUUAAACCAAUUUUUACUGCUUUUGUUUUCAGAUUCGUAUCUGAUUGGUGUAAAAAGUUUGUAACAGAAAUACUAUUGAAACAUUAGUGAAUUAUACUCAAACAUGCCCUUUUUUGCAGCACUUAUCAGCCUUUGUGCCUUUCAGAUGUACAAUGAAGAGUAAUUUGUGUGCCUUAUCCAGGACCUUUUUAUGAAGCAUGUAAAGAAUUUCUCAUGUAUAAAUACAGGCCAGUGAUGAAGUACUAAUCUGACCUGCUCCGAGUGUGGGAAAGUUGCAUAAACUACUCUUCAAUAAAAAAUGUCUAAUUGACCGAGCUCCAAACUCCUAUCAGUCUGAACCUCUGCCCCCCCAGACUCUGCAGACUAAACUAUCAGAGGAAUUCAGAAGAUUUUCAGAUGCCAAAUCACAAUUUAACCAGAGAAUGACUGAGUUUGAUUUGGUUUAACCUUUUGAAAACAGAGAAAUUUGAUUUAAAUUAUUUCAAAAACAUGGGGAGAAGGAAUCAAGCAACUCAA